UUGUAAUGAAACAACAUAGCAGCGACACUUGCGUCGACUCACGGAUACGCGACCCGGCAGUGAGCAGUGAACGAAACCAAAAACCAGCGCUCUUCUCCAUUUGAGACGCCGGCACCAGCCGCCGCUUCUCCGCGUUCCUCCGCACCGGCGCUGAACGGAUGGACGCCGCCCACACGCGCUAACGUUACUCGUUCAGGUACAGCCUCCACCAACCGCCCCCCUCCCUCUCUCCCCCGCCCCCCCCCCCCCCCCCCCCCCCGUUGGAGAUGAUGCUGUCUGCGGAUGACAGCAGACCAGAGGACCGAAACAAGUGCCUGUGCAGCUCUCUGGAAAGCAGUGAAGAUAGAACACGGGUUAAUAUCUCCUUGAAGUAUCUCCUUCUUGUUGCUCCGCGGUCCAGUGAAAGAGCUUCAGCCGCAGUUCCGUCAUUUUAAGCCACGAAGCUUAACGAAGACACAGAGCGAGAGAGAGGGGGGAAAAGACAGCGGGUAAAGCUAACGCUAAUGGUGGUCUGACCUGAACUCAAGUCUCCUACAGCAACGGGCUCCACGUCUCCUGGACGCAAUGACCGACUCGGAUGUGGACAGCAAGGCGGAGGUGAAACAAGCGACGAAAUACGUCAAAGAGACCGAAAACGUCGCGGAGAAAUACUCCGCGAUGACCGUCAGCAAGAACAGCAGCGACGUGAACAUGAACGUCGGGGAAAUGCCCUCCGCCGCCUUCACCGCGGUCCCCACUCUGAAAUCAGUCAAAAAGAUCCAGUUCGCGAACACUGAGGACAAACAGGAGUUCAGCAAGUACCCGACCAAAGCGGGUCGCCGCUCCCUCUCUCGGUCCAUCUCGCAGUCCUCCACAGACAGCUACAGCUCAGCUGCGUCCUACACUGACAGCUCCGAUGAUGAAACCUCCCCCCGGGACAAAGCCCAGGUCAACACUCAAGGCAGCAGUGACUUCUGUGUGAAGAACAUCAAGCAGGCCGAAUUUGGCCGCCGCGAAAUAGAAAUUGCAGAACAAGACAUGUCAGCCCUGAUCUCCUUGAGGAAGAGAGCCCAGGGGGAGAAGCCACUGGCUGGGGCGAAGAUAGUCGGCUGUACCCACAUCACUGCUCAGACUGCAGUCCUGAUUGAGACCCUGGUAGCCCUCGGGGCCCAGUGCCGCUGGACUGCUUGCAACAUCUACUCCACUCAGAAUGAGGUGGCUGCUGCGCUCGCUGAAACAGGGGUGCCUGUGUUUGCAUGGAAGGGGGAGUCAGAGGACGACUUCUGGUGGUGCAUCGAUCGCUGUGUCAACAGGGAGGGCUGGCAGGCUAAUAUGAUCUUGGAUGAUGGUGGAGACUUAACCCACUGGGUGUAUAAGAAGUAUCCCAGCGUCUUUAAGAAGGUCCGGGGCAUCGUGGAGGAGAGUGUGACAGGAGUCCACAGAUUGUACCAGUUGUCGAAGGCCGGCAAGCUGUGUGUUCCUGCCAUGAACGUGAACGACUCCGUCACCAAGCAGAAAUUUGACAACCUCUACUGCUGCCGUGAAUCCAUCCUGGACGGUUUGAAGAGGACCACAGAUAUAAUGUUUGGAGGCAAACAAGUUGUUGUUUGUGGUUAUGGAGAGGUGGGUAAAGGCUGCUGCACCGCUCUAAAGGCCCUCGGUGCCAUUGUGUGCAUCACAGAGAUCGACCCCAUCUGUGCCCUGCAGGCCUGCAUGGACGGCUUCCGAGUGGUCAAGCUGAGCGAGGUCAUCCGGCAGAUGGACGUGGUGAUAACCUGCACUGGUAACAAGAAUGUUGUCACUAGGGAACAGCUUGACCGAAUGAAGAACGGCUGCAUCGUCUGCAACAUGGGACACUCCAAUACUGAGAUUGACGUGGCGAGUCUGCGUAGCCCCGAGCUGACCUGGGAGAGGGUUCGCUCUCAGGUUGACCACAUCAUCUGGCCCGAUGGAAAGAGGGUCGUUCUGCUUGCAGAGGGCCGCCUCUUAAACCUGAGCUGCUCCACAGUGCCUACGUUUGUGUUGUCCAUCACUGCUACAACUCAGGCCCUGGCCGUGAUUGAGUUGUUCAAUGCUCCAGAGGGCCGUUACAAACAGGAUGUGUAUCUCCUGCCCAAGAAGAUGGAUGAGUACGUGGCCAGUUUGCACCUACCAAACUUUGAUGCCCACCUGACGGAGCUCUCUGACGAGCAGGCGAAGUACAUGGGUCUCAACAAAAACGGCCCCUUCAAACCUAAUUAUUACAGGUAUUAAUGGCGGUUUCUGGCGACGUGAUCCUCGGCACACAUUUGUCCUGGAAUAAACAGAGAUAUCUAUUUUAUUUUGUAAAUUGCUACAAAAAAUGGAGAAAUUAUUUUAAGUAUGCUGAAUGUACCUUAUGAUUAGCACUACGGUUAUAGUGUUAAAUAUGAAGACUAAGUUGUUUAGGAAUCGUAUGCAAUCUAUAGCCGACUAACAUGUUACCUGUCCUAUCACGUGUUUAAAGGAAAAGUCUGCUUGCAUGCUUUCAUGUGUUUGUGCAUAUUUAGUUGCUAAUGCUUUUGUUGCUAGAUUACACAGUUGUUGAUUGGUUUGCUUACUCUAUUUAUGCACAGUGCCAAAUGAUGGCUGCAAAAAUGGAACUGAUACAAAGUAUGUUUCGUCUGUCGAUAACAUUAACAUUUUUAUUCGUACAUUCCACGAUCUUAUGUGCGUCAAAUACUCUCAUUGAAUGGUAUCUGCAUACAUUCCGUAAAAGGUAUCAUCAAGUCACACUUUUUUAUUAUAAAACUUGUUAUAAAAGCUAAAAGUGUGUGAGUCUUGGUGUUGGCAUUUAACACUAAACGGCUUAAACACCCAAAGCUUAAAUCAAAGUGAUGUUUUAUUUUCUAAAAUUUGAAGAUGUUCUUUUGUGUUGAAGAUAAGAAGCUAUCAUUUUCUUCAAUUAAUACAGAGUUUCCAUUUGAUCACUGACCUCCCAGCAGAGAAAUGUUUCUCUGGCAUGAGCGAGGUCGGUUAUAAAGUGUUUUGACUGGAUAAUACCUUUGAGCCCAUUGUAUGAAUGUGCCUUUUUAUUCAUUUACAGCACGUAAUAAAUAUCAGCACUGACCUUAAUUAAAUAAACAUUCCUCUUAUGUAAAACCACA